AUGCUGGGCAUUGCCUACACAGAAUGCUUUGGGUGCGAGGUCAACAAGAAGCUCCAAGCACUGGGCAUGAAAAUGCACAAUUACCACCAUUUCUAUGAUGAUUGCUGCACGGCGAAUUUCCUUUCUUCGCCGACAUGUCACGUGUUCGUGUGCGGUGCGCCUUGUCAGCCGUACAGCAAGGCUGGUCUCCAGAAAGCGCUUCAUGAUCCGAAGAAUGGGGAAGUCCUCCUGUGGGUGCUGGCAUGGAUCUGUGGGCAUCAACCUGAGGCCUUCAUUCUGGAGAACGUGGAAGGGCUCUGCACAACCCACAGAGAGACUCUCAAUAUAAUCCUGGGUGUACUUGCGCGGAUGCAGGACUCCAAGGGGAAGAAGCUAUACCACGUGGAACACCGAGUACUGAAUUUGUGUGUUCAUGGACACAUUCCUCAGAAUCGUUCUCGGCUCUUCGUGGUAGGCCUUCGCUUGGACCGCCUCCAGGGUCGCGAGUUUUCAUGGCCCUGCGAGAUUCCGACUCUACCUCUGAGCGACUUUGUCAAGGGAAAGGCCAAGCAAGGACCGCUGAACAACACGGAAGCGAAGAACCUGAUAUCAGUGCAGAGGAAGUUUGCAAAGACGGGCCGCUCCUUGAAGGACAAAUGGGUCAUUGACUUGAGCGCAAGUGAGCCCCAUGCAAUGCACGAUGUAUCUCCCUGCCUGACUCGCACUCGCGCGGGUAGCGGGGGUCAUUACCUGUCCUGGCUGGGUCGCAAGAUGACCGACUCCGAAAUCUUUGGGCUGCAGGGAAUGUCCCUUGAAAAGUUUCCUGCUGAUGUGAUGUCCAGUCGUGAGCUGCGCUUGGCUGCUGGCAAUUCCAUCCCCGUGACACUUUUGGCCCGUCUCAUGAGCCAAGUCCUGUCAGCCAUUGGCCGCGGUCCAUAG